CUCUGCACAGAUGCCAACGUGCUCUCGGCAGUGAUGCUGGCAGCUCUGCUCCUGCGUGCUCUCGGAGCCCCGGUUGAAGGUGAGCCCACCGACAGUCCGGCAGGUGACUCGUCAGGUGAGGAGGAGCUGGUGCCCUCUGACCUGUUGAGCGCCUCCCCGGUUUGGGACUUGAUCAUCGGUGCAACUGCAGGCCACCAGAAAGAGUUUGAAGAUGAAUUCCCACAAGGGGUGAAAUAUCAUUUUCUGGAAAACUACAAAGUCUCCUCACUUCCAGCAAAAUGCCCCAGCUCCAACUUCAGCAUGGAGGCUUGCCUCCGCAGGUUGGCCGAAGGCCUACACACCUACAUGGUUCUUUUGGAGCACGUGGAGAGGGAGUACCCAGGCAGUUCAAUCCUGUUGCACGCCAAAUACUACAGUAGGCAACUGGUCGACCUGAUCAAAAAAAAGAUGAAGAGCCCGGGUCAGGUCACUGUCCUGACGAGUAGCCAGGAGGAGCAACUGGUACAGGACAUCAACAACCCUGACUCUUUCCACAGGAGGAUGACCGGGCACAGCAUCCUGCAGCAGCUCCACGACUUCCUUCGCGAAGCCAAACUAGCGAUCCGCAAAAGAGAGAAGUCCAGACAGAUGAGGAAGGGGUCCAACAUGAUUAUUGCAGCCAUCCAUCCCUCUUUCCAAAUAUUACAAAGAUGAAAGUAAUAAGAAGAAAUAAUCAUUUUACUAAGGAAUACCUCGGGGAAACUGGGCUGGGAAUAAUCCCAGCACGUAAAUGCUGGUUUUUAAAUGGUGAAUCAUGAAAGUGGCUGCACUAUGUAAUAUUUUUAGGCCUGAGGUCUUGAAUCACCCACGGCUGCAUUAGUUAUUUAACUUACACUUGGUAAAAAAAUCUUUAUCAGUCAAAGGAAAAUCUAUGGCUCUGGGACAAUGCAAUUUGUACUUGAUGAAAAUAAUUAUUUGUGAUUAAAUUCUGGGUUGAUAAAUUAACUCAAAAAGCAUUGAUGAUUGUAUUUUCUUU